AUGCAACUUCUAACCGAAUCUUCAGUUGGUGUAAAAAAGAACAGCAGAAGCAGAACAUUAACCAUGCAGUCUCUGUCAAGAAUUCCAGCUUCGUCCAACUCUACCUCAUCUAAAAUAACUCACAUAAAUAAUUCCAGGGUACCAAAGAAACUGAAAAAGCCUACAAAGCCUUUACUUUCAAAGAUAAAAUUAAGAAAUAAUUGCAAACGGCUAGAGCAAAAGAGUACUUCCAGAAAACUGGAAACGGGAGACUUAGUACUUAAAGAGCCUGAAGAAGUUCUGUAUAAAAAUUUGCCCAUUAAAAAAGAUAAGGAGCUGGAGGGACCAGUACCAGCUGGAGUGACCGUUGGGUGCUUGACUAGACAUGCAGCGAGAGAACACAGACAAAACUCUGUGAAAGGUGCUCGCACACAGGGAGAGGGCUCACCCUGCCCUUACGUCACCCGGUGGUCAGUAAGGAGGAGGAUGAGCCUGAAGGAGGCCUCUGACAUCAAGCUGGACCUAAAUGCACUGGACAGCUACAAGGACAGCACAGCUGAACCGUGCGCAGUUGGGGGCAAUCAGCUAGUCCCCAGGCUGCAGGAGAAGGACUUGGCUCAUGCAACCACACACAAGGGAGAUGCACAGUGUCACAAGAGUGACAACAGCAAGUCAAAAAAGAAAUCACAACAAGGAAAGUUUGUGAAGCAGUUCACCAAAACAGAGGAGUCUGUUCCCACACAUGACUCCCCCAAGAAAGACAGUGUGGGGCCAGAUGUGACAGGCUCCCAUUCUGACCAGGGUGAACACAGUGGCACGGGGGGCGUGCCUGCAGGCUUCGCAGACUGCACUCCCUUGCCGGUGCGUUGUUCGACUGUUACAUCAGACAACUGUGAAGCAAAAGACACCUUUAGGACUGCAAAGAGCAAGAAGAGGCGAAUUACACGGUACGAUGCACAGUUAAUCCUAGAAAAUAACUCUAGGAUUCCCAAAUCAACUCUUCACAGGUGUCACAACAGCAGCCGCAAGACCAACGACCAAGAGAAUGAUGGGAUGAAUUCUUCAAAGAUAAGCAUCAGGUUGAGUAAUGACAAUGAAAAUGAUGAUAAUCGCUGUGUAACAAAGCUGAAUAAUGGCUUUAACUCAGGAUCGGGCAGUAGUUCUACAAAAUUAAAAAUCCAGCUGAAACGGGACGAGGAAGGUAGGGGGUCACGUGCAGAGGCCCUUCAUGAGAAUGGGGUGUGCUGUAGUGACACCUCUCUCCUGGAGUCCCAGAUGGAAGUUGACAACUACAGUCAGUACAAGGAAGAAUGUACUGAUGACGACUCCUCUUCACAGGGUGAUGAAGAGGAUGAUGACUGUGAUAAUAACUUUGAAAAUGACUUUAUUCCUCUUCCCCUAGCUAAGCGAUUGAGGCUGAAUGUUGGGAAAGACUAUCGAUACUGA